AUGGCUUCAUUACAAGCACAGGUCGAUGGCGUGAAGGCGGCCGUCGCAUCACCCUCGACCUGCACACCAACCACCGUCGUGAUACUCAAGAAGCUGCUCCUUCCCGAACCUGGCGAAAUAAGCUCCACGACAACCACCAAACAAUCUACCGCUCGAACGACCAAAGCGACCGCGAAGACGACGAAAACAAAGCUCGAUGCGACCGCCGCUUCCAAGGAGGGGCUGAGUCCCAAGGAUAGGACGGCACUGGCCACACAUGUAAUAAAUGCGACCAUCAAGUCUCUCACCGAAGCUACGAAGCCCGCGCCGCCAGCCACGCCCUCUCGCCGGUCUGUCGAGGCCCCCGCGGAUCAACAGUCUGCUAGCCGGCCAAGGACGCUGCGGCGGUCGGUAUCUGCGCCCCUCUCGCCGCUACAGCCCAGGACCCUGAACCGAGUCGCGACCUCACCCAACAUCGCCGCCAAGGCAGCCAAAUCGGCAAUGGCCAGCCAAGUAGCCAGGAUGGGCGCGACGGUCGAGUGUUCUCGCCUCGCGUUCGCUUGCCUGCGGUCUGUCAAGGGUCCCAUUAAAGUCGAUCAGACCGAUUUCCAGAUAGAGAGUGGCAUGUCGUUGUUGAUCACCAAGCUUGUUGCCCUGGGCUUUAGCGAGUUCGCCAUCAAAGAGCUGAGGAUCCUCAAGCGCAGGUUGGAAGGGCGCGCAACCUCGGACAGCGGUUCCUCCAAGUCCGAGUCCCAGACCGUAUGCGACCUGCUCGAUUUCCAGAAGAUUGCCUCCCCAAACAGUCUCUCGAUUGUUGCCGCCUGCCAGAUCCAAGCUCUCAAGCUGAUUUCCUCUGCGAAGAAGCCAGCGCAUGUCGAAGGUGUCGUUCCUUUCCUUCGCGAGUUGAGUCCACUCUCGCCAUUGAAUAUUUUGCCCAAAAUCGCCCAAGGAGGGGAAAGUCACGCGUCCAAGGCCGCUCGCCAAAUGGCAACUCUCUGCCAGACUCUGCUCUCCAUGGCGCCCAGUGUCUCAAGCAGCGAGGAUGAGGUCGCGCUGGAGCCUCGAUUGAGCGCUGCUCCCAUAAUUGCUCUCGAGCUUCAGAUACUGGCCUUCAAGACUCAGCUUAGGUGGUGGAAGAUUGCCGGCCACAAGGGCAAAGUGGAGGAAGAGCUGUUGUCUCCAUACUCGCGAUGCCUCAAGUGUUUUGUUCGACGCCAGCUGGCUAUUGAUGCUUCUGCCUAUCAGAUGCUUUCAACCUCCUACGACGAUAUCAUGUCUCUCAUCCGAUCCCAAAAGUACGAGCCCGAAACGAAAAUUGGUUCCCCCAUGGCGUCCGUCUAUCAAUCCCUCGGCGCCGCCGCCCAGGGCGCCCGACAGUACGAAGUCGCUUUCCAAUGGUUCAGUAUUCUGCGGGAUCUCGUCCGACCCGAUCAUGAGUCGUCAGUCUGUGUUUCUUCGGCCUCUGCUCGACUUCUCUCGGUGGCCUUGAAACGAUCUCGAUUAACGCUUGACGACGAGCGCCUGAUCCAAGAGGUGAUAGCUGGACUGAAUUCGCCGUUGAGCGGCACUUCUCAGGAGGUCAACGAUCUCUUGGAGAGUCUCUCCCAGGCGAGGCGCUCAGUCGCAGGAUUGUUGAUGAAAGCUUGGAACGACUCCAAUCUGGUGACAGGUGCCAUGGCAAGGCUGCUCCAAGAUUUCAUUGUCAAGUUCCCUCGGUUUGUUGCUCGUUGGCUUGGCGCGCCCCCUGGUAAAGGCAGCUCAGCAAAACAGCUGCUUCAGUUCGACUCUAGACGGACAAUCGUCAUGCAAUCAAUCAACCAGGUCUUGGACGCGACGCUGAUGGUCGUCAAACGCCAAAUCCAGUCUGGCUCCGAUGUUUGGGAUUCCGUGAAUGAGAUCCUGCACGAUUGCCGUCUUCUGUUAAGCAAUGCCCACGACCCUACAGUCUCCUCUUCGCAGCUCUCGGCUUAUUACACAAAGAUCUCGACUCUCUAUUUCUCUAUGUUUUCUCAGCAUCGCAGAAAGGCUGGGCAGUCAAAAGCAGAUAAGAAGCGGGCAUAUCAGGCGCUGAAUGCAUCUAUCGACACCAUAAAGGACAACUCUUUAGCGGAUAAGGAGCAGGCCCAGUUCACAACAAAGCUGGAACUUCUCGCUGACUUCUGCAAGGCGGCAGGUAGGAACGAAGAUGCAGUGAAGAGUCUCCGAUCCAUCUGUACACACCUGAUUGAGGAUGGUGUCUUGGCUGACGUGACGACUGCCCUGGCCGCUCAUUCUCCACGCGUCGCUUGGGGGAUGGCAGAGAAGGCAUCAACCCUGUCGCGCGCUUUGCGGUCCAUUGCUAGCCUCGACGACUCGUGGAAUGACUGGACCUUCUUUCUCCCAGAGGCCGAGCGCGCCACAGUCCUGGAACACCUUGUCCAUAUCAGCACCGAAGUUACGAGUCAGAAUAAACCGCUCCAACUUCACGAUCCAGGAAUGGCUGCUCUACUCCGAAUCCUGACUGCUGAGAGAUUCCCUAUCCGGCGCUUGCGUGUCCUCUUCUUGCUCCUUGCUCAGCAGCUUGGUAGACACGAUAGCACCGAUGACGUUGCUACUCUAAUCGACCAAGCAUUCAAACACCUCCAGAAGGAUCUUGCUGAAGAUGCUGGACUUGCUUCCUUUGUCCCUCAUUUUCGGAACUACAACAUUUCUCUCACCGCUCUUGGCAGCGCUGAGGACAAGUUCCCUGCAUCUGCGUUAAAGGACUGUAUCCAAGCAUGGUCUAGGAUGAUGCAAAGUUGCGAAACUCAAGACCAAAUCAAGGCUGUAAUCGAUGAUCCUGAAGGCCUUCUCGACCAUCUCCUGGCAGCAAACCACCUGGCAGGCCUGAGGGGGGAGACCGCUCUGCAGGUCUCAAUCCUGGAGCUUUGCAUAAUCAUUGCAAAGGCCUGUCGGAGCUCGAACGAGGAUGACUUGAUUUUGUAUCAUUGCUACCUUGCGUCGCAGUAUGUUUCUACUGGCCUCUUUAACAAAGCGUCCGCGACACUCAACGAAGCAAAGCAACUCAUCAAAGAACGACAAGAUGCUGCGCCGAGGGUCAUGAUCGACUAUUACCUCUCCCAAGCAGAAUACUCGGCCGGGAUUAACCAGACUCAGCAGGCCAUGGUAUGCCUCAACAAAGCCAACGAUAUUCACAGUGCCCCCUCCUCUUCGUGGAGUACCUUCAAAGCCCAGGCUACUCUAUUGCGUUCGCAAGCUUCUCUUGCGCAGUCGGUGGUGGCUCUCCAGAAGGGUGAUCUGCAGGCGGCCUUGAAAUGGGGUCGGCAAUCCGUCAAGACGCUCUCAUCAGAAUGGAACUAUCUUGAUGGUCCCUCUAUGAGUCCCAGCGCGCAGCCCGAGCCGAGUUUGGCGGAAAGCGUUCUCGGGAAGGCCAGUGCCAAACCACCUUCGCCGGCUGUUUUCGGUACCCGGUUGUGGGUUCUUGCCGCACCGCUCAUGAAGAGCCUCCUGCAAAUAUCCUCGGUUUAUUCGCACAUUGGGAUGUUCCAGGAGACCAUUUAUUUUGCUGAAACUGCUCUCCGCGUUGCCGACGCGACCCGCUCAUCCAUGUACGAGGCCGAGAUCAAGUCCUGGAUAGCAUCGCAAUAUGCCAGAGCAGGGAACCUGGAGAAGGCUCUGCCAUACCUCCAGGGAACGAUUGAUUGUGUCCCCAACGACGCCUCUGCUACCCGUGCACGGCUUGCCAGACAGCUUGGCAUCGCCUUUCAGCAGAUGGGCGAGGAGGAGCAGUCUUUGGAGUAUAUGAAAAUGGCGGAAGAGACAGUGCACAGCUUAGCUCGUCUUGGCGACAUAACGGCAGAGGAUACCAAUACAUCGACUGCUAUGGCUACCAAGGGACGACGCGGAGUUGCCGCGACAAAGCGGCCAGCAGCAACAAAGACCACCAGAGCCAGAGCUGCAACGACAACCGCCCGAGCCACAAAGCGAGCUCCCGCAACCAAGUCAAAGGCGGCCCCUGCCCAGGAAAUCACCCCGAGAGUCCCUACCGACGUAUAUCAAGCAUCUCUACUGGCAUCUAUCAUCCUUGCACGAGCCGUGAGCUCCCUUCAACAGCAAGAUUGGGCUUCCGUGUCUGCUGCACUCGAAUCAGUGAGGGAACUGCCUAAGCUCUCUGAGUCCUCCUUUAUGGAGCAACUUAUUCUUGCUAGCCAACAUAUUGGGAUGAGCAUGGAGAAGAUGAUCCAGGAUCCCGUUUUUUCCGUGAUGCAGGACUCGACGAUCUCAUUCCCAGCCGUUGUGCAAGGGGCCACGGACAAGCCUUUAGGCGACAAAUGCCAGUCUCCUCCACGAAAGGGUCGGGCUGCUUUGACCAGCAGCAGGGCUUCUAAGGAGGUAGGCACACCGGCAUUUGCUGAUGCAUUGAAGCAGGCACAGGAAGUCUUGCUCGAUGCCCAGGAAGUUGCUUUCUCGUGUGGUGACAAUGGCAUGCUGCACAGGAUCUCCAGCCUGUUGCAAGGAACGGUCAUCUCCCUCACCGCAGCAUCAUCGCCCAAGAUCAAGGCCAUGAUCCGGUCAGAUCUCACAACUGUGGCCGUGGAAUUGGCCCGAAAUGCAGCCUGGAAGCGAGAACAAUUGACCCUACAGGUUACUCCAUCGGCUGCCGAUGCAACCCAGACGUCGGAGAGGGAAGACUCACCUUCCCUCGCUACUAAGAUGGAGAAUCUGAGCCUCACGGCCGAUAUGGCCAGUUUCCAAAACCAGUUCAUUGAAAUGGUCCCUGAAAACUGGAGCGUCAUCUCCAUGUCCUUGAGCGAGGAUCAGCAUGAUCUUUGCAUUACCAAGUUUCAGGCCGGCCACAGCCCGUUCAUUCUGCGUCUUCCUUUGGAGAGAGCCAACUCGCGAGAUGCCGACUCGGAGAUUUUCAACUUCUUCCAUGGCCGCCAGGAACUCCUCGAAAUUAUCAAGAUGGCCAACGAGACCAGCCAUUCCUCACGAGAUCUCACCACCAAGGCCGCGAGGAAUGCUUGGUGGGCUGAGCGAGAAGCGCUUGAUGGGAGACUGAAAGAGCUUCUAAUGGCUGUGGAGACUACUUGGCUGGGAGGCUUCAAGGGUAUUUUUUCGCAGCACAAGAGACAGUCUGACCUUCUGGCUCGAUUUCAAAAGACGUUCCAGCAGAUCCUUGGCAGAACACUUCCAUCCAGGACCAAGGCGCGGGGCAAGAGGACGACAGCCAAGGCUCCUCCUGCCAUUACGCUGGACCCCCGAAUCCUGGACCUCUUUGUUGGGCUAGGAGACCCAAGUGAGCCCGAUUGCGAUUUUGACGAAGCUCUCAAUGAUCUCCUCUACUUUGUGAUAGACAUCCUGCAGUUCCACGGAGAGAGGAAUGCCUACGAUGAAAUCGACUUUGAUGCCAUGGUCGUGGACAUGUACGAUGCUCUACGAGGAUACUACCAGGCUACGGAGGGUGAUGGCAGGCGUGAAGAAGAUGCCCACACCGUGCUGGUCCUGGAUAAGGCGCUCCAUGCGUUCCCCUGGGAGUCUCUUCCAUGCAUGGACGGUCUCGCGGUGUCCCGAGUGCCAUCAUUGGCAUGCCUGCAGCGGCUAUUGAAGGAAGCAAAGAUGCCACAGGCGACGGCUCAGCAGUCCAAGGGCCACUACGUCUCGACUGAGAACGGCACGUAUAUGCUCAACCCAUCCUCGGACUUGAAGAAUACCCAGAGCUAUUUCCAAAAGUCGUUCGGCGAGCUCUCGUCUUGGAAGAGCAUCGUUAACAAGGCACCCAAGGAAGAAGAGUUUGAGAAUGCGCUCUCGACCUCAGAUGUCCUGCUGUACUUUGGCCACGGAGGUGGUGCUCAGUACAUCCGCGGCAAGACCAUCCGCCGCCUCGAGAAGUGCCGCCCCGCCACGUUCCUCAUGGGAUGUAGCUCGGCCGCGUUGACGGACGCGGGAGAGUUUGAGUGCUACGGCCCCGUGUGGAACUACCUCGUCGCCGGGUGCCCUGCCGUUGUUGGCACUCUCUGGGACGUCACAGACAGGGACAUUGACCGUUUCGCCGGGCGCGCCUUUGAAGAAUGGGGCCUGUUCAGGAAGGGAACGUUCAAGGAGGCGGACAAGGGGAAGGGCAUUGCCAAGGGUCCGGCAAAGACGGACGAAGAGGCCGGUAGGCUCGUGUCUGGGGCAUCUCUUUCUGAGGCGGUGGCUCGCGCGCGAGAUGCCUGCCGGAUGAGAUAUCUCAACGCGGCGGCGGUGGUGAUGUACGGAAUCCCUGUGUAUAUUGAGAGGGAGGUGGAGGAGGCUGCAUGA